AACCUUAAUGAAGAUGGUGUUCACGUAUAUAUUAUUAUUACUGUUUGAAGUUUUUAGGAUAAUUAAGUCAGGUGCAGAUACUUCAAGUACUGGUUGUGAAACUCCAAGACCCCUUAUAAAUGGAAACUUUACUAUUUUUGGUGACAACCUCUUAGUAGAAUAUUUUUGUGAUGAUGGAUUCUAUAUGUACGGUGAACGCUAUGGCGCUUGUAUGUUCUCAGAGGAAAAGUGGACUGAAGACCCUCCUAAAUGUUUAGCUUAUGACUGUCCACCUUUAGACCCUCCAUCGAGGGGCUUUGUCAAGAUGGAGAGAAAUAAUUCAAUUGCUAGAUUUUCAUGUAAGCGUCGCUUCUAUCUGAUGGGUGGAGAAUCUACUCUAUUUUGCCUUGGAAGCAGAUGGAGCGGCUACUCCCCUCUUUGUGUAGGUUCCACAGUAAGCAGUAGUUCCUUGGGCAGACAGGUUUUACGGAACUACACUGCACUGGAUUUUGAUGAUUCGCUGAGGGGAAGCGAUGAAACAUGUUCACGCUAUCGACGCCUCGCCCCUCCAGUAGUAGAAAAUGCUUCAUUCAAAACACGAUACAUGUUCAAUGAAGCUCUAGUUGUGUGGUCAUUAGUGGCAAACUACACGUGUGAUGAUGGAUAUUCACUUGAAAAUGAGGAAAAUAGAUUUAUGUUCUGCAGAAACUACAAAUGGUGGGCGCCUACUAAACCUAAAUGUACAAAAGCAGCAAACUUUUACCAUCCUUGUCGUGCUAGUAGAUGUGGUCAAGUGUGUAUACCAGGGGACAGCAAGCACUAUGCAUGUGGUUGUAAUAGAGGAUAUCGAUUGGCUUCAGACAGCUAUUCUUGUCAAGACGUAAACGAGUGUCUAUCGAAUAAUGGUAGAUGUGAUCAUAUCUGUUACAAUAGAAUUGGAUCCCGUUUGUGUGUCUGUCGAAAUGGCUACCUAAAAGUUGGGGAUCACUGUAUUGAUGAUGAUGAAUGUAUAGCUGGCACACACAACUGUCCAGGACAAUGCAUAAAUACAGAAGGAUCAUAUCUGUGUAACUGUACAGGUAUACCCGGAUACCUGUCAGGUGAAAACAGACCGUGUAAAGAUUUGAAUGAGUGUGCAACAGAUAAUGGAGGUUGUGAAGACGUUUGUGUUAACACCAUAUCCUCAUAUAGAUGUAGAUGUAAACAGAAAGGAUACCUUGUGUCCGCUGAUAAACAUAAUUGCUCAGACAGAGAUGAAUGUCAACGCUAUGGAAAGAAAAUCUGUCAUAAUGGUUACUGUGUUAACACACCUGGGUCAUUUUAUUGUCAUUGUAAUACGGGAUAUAGGUUUCACAAACCCAGCAAACAAUGCAUUGAUACAAAUGAAUGUAAAGAUAAUAAUGGAGGAUGUGAAGAUGAGUGUGUGAAUACCAUAGGAUCAUUCUACUGUGUGUGUAACCACUUAGGAUUACAAGAAAACAAUGGAACAUGUAUUGAUAUAAAUGAGUGCGAGAUAAACAAUGGUGGGUGUGAGGAUAUUUGCAUUAACUCCCAUGGAUCAUACCACUGUUUGUGUGAAAAGUAUGGUUAUAUUGUUCACAGCAAUGGUCGGAAUUGUACAACAUGCAAGCCAACAGAAUAUAUGAUUGACGACAAGAAACUUUGCAUACCCUGUCCACCAAAUUCACAUGCAAAGAAUUUUACUGCAAGUUCAUUUUCUGAUUGUGAAUGUAACCAAGGGUUUCUUGGUAGCCCACUUGAUGUUGUUCUAUGUGAAGACAUAGAUGAAUGUGCUAGUGGCGAAUUAUUAUGUGAAUAUGAAUGUGAAAAUACUGCCGGUAGUGCCCACUGCAUUUGUCCGGACGGGUAUUCAGUGCACAAUGUCACAUAUUGUAAAGACACGGACGAAUGUGCAGAAAAUGGGACCAUUUGUGAUGGUUUAUGUCAAAAUUAUGAUGGUUUUUACGAGUGCUUUUGUGAUGUGGGAUACAGGCUGGCUAACGAUAGUUAUACAUGUUAUGAUAUAGACGAAUGUUCUGAAGGCUAUAAUUGUUCGCAUCGCUGCAUUAAUACUGUUGGGGGUGUCCAGUGUAGUUGCUAUGAAGGAUAUGAUUUUCUCUCUGACAAUACAAGUUGUAAAGAUAUUAACGAAUGUGAAAAUGAAGAAGGAAUGAAAUGUGAAGGAAAAUGUACAAAUCUUGAAGGAUCUUUUAAAUGUGAAUGUACUAGCUCUGGUUUAAAGCUCUCAUGGGAUGGUGUAUCUUGUUCAGAUAUAAACGAAUGUCAGGAAGGUGUCAAUUUCUGUGAAGAUAUUUGUAUUAAUACAUUCGGUUCGUAUGUUUGUAAGUGUAACAUGACGGGAUAUGUCCUUGCACCAGAUGGUAGAGGGUGUGAAGAUUUCAAUGAAUGUUUAUCGCCAAUAACAAAUGAUUGUCAACUUAUAUGUAAUAACUAUGAAAGCUCAUACAAUUGCUCCUGUCCACCUGGAUAUAUACAGACUAGUGAUACAAAUUGUGAAGCAUGUCCAGUUGGUACUUACCAUGAUGCAGAGAAAGAUAGUUGCAUUCGAUGUCCUAUAUGGUCAACCACAUCAGAUAGAGGCCAGUUCUCAAUGGCUAGUUGUGAAUGUAUAGAUGGUUAUGUUGGAAAUCUCAGCAUAGCGAUUCCUUGUAAAGAUAAGAAUGAGUGUGAAGAUGACAACUUCGGAUGUGAGCAGCAGUGUAAGAAUAUGGAAGGUUAUGCCUAUUGUAGCUGUCAACGAGGGUAUAACCUACAUAAAAACAAGAAAAAUUGCACAGAUUUAGAUGAAUGUAGAUAUCAUAAUCAUUUCUGUGCUGAUCUUUGUGAGAAUUCUAUUGGGUCAUAUAGUUGUUCAUGUAGAAAAGGUUUUGAGCUGUAUAUAGAUGGGAAAUAUUGUGUUGAUAUUAACGAAUGUUACGGAGAUCGCAACCCAUGUGACGAGCAUUGUGAGAACACUUGGGGAUCCUAUAGAUGUGGAUGUCUGACUCAAGGACUUAUUCUGUCACCUGAUGGUCAUACUUGUUUAAAAAAACGUCCUAAGUUUUCGUGCCCUGAUGAUGUUUUGGUUAAAGUUACAGAUGGAGCUAUCGAAGUGAAAGUUGAGUUACCAUCGGAUAUCUUUUCUAAUGAUCUAGAUGUUUCUCCUGGAUGGAUAAAACGGGUUAGUAAGUUUCCUCUUGGCGAGACACUGGUCAUGGUGACUUCACUUUAUACUGACCCUGAUGGCAAUCCUGAAAUCACAUGCACUUUUAAAGUGAAUGUCGACGACGUAUAAGUCCUUUUUGUAAUUUGGUGAAUAAACUUUACUGAAUACUCAUUUUAAAAAGACACUGUCAGAGAGGUUUCCAAUGUAAAUGCUCAAAACAGAUUGUUAAAAUGUUCUUUCAAUAUUUUAAGUUAUCUAAAUCCUACUUUUUGUUCGCAAAUUGUAUUAGAACGCAUCUUUAAUUAAAAGCAACAACAAAAAUUAACAGCUGAAAUUUUAAAAGUUAGUUUCUAAAUAUUUCAGAUCUCUUGUUUUUUUUCGACUUCAUUAGUAAACCAAUUUUAUUUGAACAGGAACAAUAAAUCAUUUAGUCAUUUUCAGUCUUUCGGGUAAUCUGAAGACUUUUCCACUGUUUAUUCCAUUUGUGGUAGUAUCCUCUUGGCGUGGAUCGGUACUUAUACAUCCCGCCAUUGUGUUAUUGUGCUAUCGUCAUUUUUUUUAUAUUCUUGUCUUUCAUUUUUGCUUUUCUGCUUUGUCAAUAUGCCAUUUUGUUUUUCUUUGUUAACAUAUUUGUUUGUUUUUAUAGUGAUCAAGAUUAUAACACAAUGUUGACUGCUGUGCCCCCAUUUUUGACAUUUUUACCUAUUAUGUCUGUGUGUUUUGUUCACACAUUGUUGUCAAUAUGAUGGAAUUUUGUUCACACAUUGUUGUCAAUAUAAUGGAAUUGUAUGCGACUGCCAUAAAAUUGAGAGGUUUAGCUAGCUAUAAAACCAGGUUUAUUCCACCAAUGUCUACAUAAGGAAAUGCCUGUACCAAGUCAGGAAUAUGACAGUUGUUUUCCAUUCGUUUGAUGUGUUUGAGCUUUUAAUUUUGCCAUUUGAUAAGGGACUUUCCGUUUUGAAUUUUCCUUGGAGUUUUUUGGAGUUAUUUUUGUUAUUUUACUUUUUCCACUACUCUAAAAUCAGUACUGUACGCUUGCAGUCAAUUAAGAUCAGUCUUUUCAGAUGAUGUUAAGACCAAAAUGACCGUUUCAGACUAGCAUUCACUUACUAGUGAUUUAUAUGCUGAUCUACCUGUAUGUAAUAUAUAAAGACGUUUUCUCUUACAAAACGGAUACAAGAAAUGAACACUAUAUAUUAUAUAAUAAAGAUAUAUUGUCAAAAUAAUCUACGUGUAAGUUACAAUACAAACUAGAUAUAAAGUAAACAACACAUGUAUAAUAUCACCAUUGUUGGUAAAUAACACAUGUAUAAUAUUACCAUUGUGGAUAAACAACACAUGUAUAUUAUAAUCAUUGUGGAUAAACAACACAUGUAUAUUAUAAUCAUUGGGGAAUAUUAAAAUUUGUUAAAAAU